AUGCCUAAAAGCAGAAACAAGCCGACGAGAUCAUGUCUUAUGUGCCAAAGACGUAAGAAGAAGUGUGAUCGGAAAGCACCCAGUUGUUCAGCGUGUUUGAAAAAAGGCUAUGAAUGCAUCUACAAUGUGAAUCUGCAAUCGCAGUUGGUCGAUGGAACAAAGCAACUAUCCAAGUCGCAACUGAUAGCUAAAAUUGGCAUUCUCACAUCACAACUUCGUGAAAAAUCCGACAAAAACACCGGUAAUCCGUUGACUAAACUUUGGUACACAUCUUCCAAGUAUGGAAGAGUGUUGACAUAUGGACCAACAUCAGUUCGAUGUUUGAUAAAGUCGUCUCGUAUGGGGUGGUACUACUCUGAGAUUUGGAAAACUAUUAAAGAAAAGCGGAACGAAUGGAAGAAGAAACACGUUCAUGCCAUCAAAAUGGAGGAAGUUUACUCCGUUGGCAAUCCAAUUCUUUUAAGAAGUGGUAAUUCUGUGCUAGAUGCCUUGUGCGGCUGCUUGCCGUCGAUGGACGUUAUCAAAGUAUAUUUAACUAGUUUCUUCAAUUCUUCGUUGUUUAAAGAGUUCGAGAUAGUUGAUCCAAAUAAAGUGUUCUCUGACGUUGAUCUAUGUUUAAUUGCUGUCAAUGGGGAGAUAAAAUCUAUUGAAUUAGGUAACAAGAAAAAUUAUUAUAGAGUAGGCCUUAUUACAAAGAUUCUUUCAAUGACGUACUUCCACGAUAAGAAUACUCCGGCAAUUGACGUUUUCCACAAAUAUUUGGCCUCUUUCGAAAGUGCCAAGUCUGCUCAUCUUGAGAGAAUUCAGUUUUUCAUGUUGAAGUACAUCCAUAUCAAUGCUAAGGGAUUUACUGGCGGUGACGGAGGUAACAGUCUUGCCGUGGUAAGCUUAGCGUUUUCAACCGCGUUACAGAUCGGGUUGUUUAGAAGAGAAACUCUGAAGCUCUUCAGGGACGAUGAUCGUUACAUAUCAAAUUUAUGGCAGCUUAUUGUUCAAGCAGAUUUAGAAUGCUCAUUCUCCAUCGGAUCUGCUUUAUUGAUUAGUGAUGAUUUUCUGUUUGAUUUUGAUCAAAGCCCAGGUAUGACAAUUGAAACCGAACAGAAUUAUUCACCUGCUAGUUAUUUGCUAUUCUUGAGAAAAAUUAUAGCAGAAGUGUAUUCUACCAAAAAUGCUCCUGAUUUGAAAGUUUCUAUACUUCAAUUGAAGUUCUCCAUUCUAACCAAUUUUGGAUCUCUUACGCCUUACUUGUCUCAAGGUAUUAAUGAUGAACCUAUUAAUUUUCAUAAGCUUUUAACGAUUCUUCUCUCUUUACAGAUGAUCUCAAAUUUGUCCAUAAUUGAAUCUCAGAUUAACCCAAGCGGGUCCAAACAAUUGAUACAAAAUGCAUCCUUGUGCCAUAUCGCAUCACUGGUCUUGGUUCUGAAUUAUAUUCGUGCCGUAUAUAACCGACAAAGAACAAUCAAGGGCACAACUAACGUUGAUUCCUGUUUAGAUAUCAGUUUAGGGUUAUAUCUGCACCAUACUGUGUUACCGAGAGUCACACAUGAGCUCGUUCUUAUAUUUUCUGAUGCAUACAUGAAUCGUGAAGACGAUGGGUCGGCCGUUGUGUCCAGUGAUGUAGAUCUUCAGAAAUUCAUUGCUACGUUUGAUACGUAUUUGCAAACUGACACCGACGUGUCAUUUAAUGCCGUUUUAGCUUACAGGUAUUUCAAAUUGGUUCAUGACACCUUCAAAAAUGAACGUGGGUUGGAAUUAGACAACUUACUCAAUCAAUCAUACUUGUUUAUUGUAUCGGACGAGUUUUCCACUAGCAUUAUCCAGGCAUUUGACUGGUCAUUGCCACCCACCAAUCAAGAAUCACAUAUUCUCGAUAUGAAUGCACUUCCUUAUGGCAUUAGGGAUAACGAUCUAUUUCUUGAUUCUGCGCUUGACAUGUUUGAUGAUGAAUUUUCAACGUUCUUUGCGUAG